AAUCUUCCACCUUUCGUUAUUAUUUUAUUUUAUUGUAGCAGUUAGUAAAAUUGAAUUAGGGUUUCAUCUUCUUCAGUAGAAGAUAUCUGCGCUAAACCAACAGAGUUCUCCACCACUCUUCUCAUCUUUCCCGCCAUUUCCUUCACACACUCCUCACUUCAUUUCUCAUAUUUUGAAUACUAGCCGUUCGAUCUACCAUUUUCAUAUUUUAUUAUUAUUUUUUAAUUUCCAAAAAAAGCUUUUGACCGUUGCUCUCGCCAGAGUGAACGGGAAAUGUCUGCAUCCGAAGCUGAGAAGAAGGUCGAGGAAGAGAACCAAGUGUCCAAAGGUGGAGAACUCUUGUUCUGCGGUGCCACGUGUUGGGAUAUCAUUGGUCGUCGUAAAGGUCCCGCCGACGGUAACUUAGUUUCUCCUUCUCGCCUCCGUCCUCUCGUUGGCAUUGAUAUUCGUUACGUCGCCUCUGGUUGCGCUUCUUGUCACUGCGUGGCAUUGGACGUUGAAGGGCGUUGCUAUACAUGGGGACGCAAUGAGAAAGGGCAACUAGGUCAUGGAGAUACCAUUCAGCGCGAUAGGCCAACUGUGGUGUCUGAACUUUCUAAAUACAACAUUGUUCAAGCUGGAGCUGGGAGGAGCCAUACAGUAGUUGUUACAGAUGAUGGAAAUUCCCUAGCAUUUGGUUGGAACAAACACGGUCAGCUGGGUUCCGGUUCUGCAAAAACUGAAAUCGAAUCAUCACCUGUUCGCUGUCUUGUGUCUGAAGUUAAAUAUGCUACCUGUGGUGGUGACUUUACUGUGUGGUUAUCUUCUGUUGAAGGAGCUUCUAUAAUGACUGCUGGGCUUCCACAGUUUGGGCAGCUCGGGCAUGGAACCGAUAAUGAGUACAAUUCCAAAGACAGCUCUGUUAAAUUAGUUUAUGAAGCACAGCCACGUCCUCGAGCAAUAGCUUCCCUUGCUGGCGAAACCAUUGUCAAGGUGGCAUGUGGAACAAAUCACACAGUGGCGGUGGAUAAGAAUGGCUUUGUCUACACGUGGGGUUUUGGUGGUUAUGGAAGGCUAGGACAUAGGGAGCAGAAGGAUGAAUUUUCUCCACGUCGUGUUGAAGUUUUCCAGAAUAGAAAUGUUUUGCCUCCUGAUGCAAUUAUUUCAGCUGGUUCUGUGAAUUCUUCUUGCACUGCAGCUGGAGGACAGUUGUACAUGUGGGGCAAAAUAAAGAAUACCGGUGAUGACUGGAUGUACCCUAAGCCUCUAAUGGAUUUAAGUGGUUGGAAUAUACGCUGCAUGGAUUCAGGGAAUAUGCAUCAUUUUGUUGGGGCUGAUUCCUCGUGCAUAAGUUGGGGUCAUGCUCAGAAUGGAGAGCUGGGAUAUGGACCUAAUGGACAGAAGUCUUCAGCUGUACCGAAAAAGGUGGAUAUACUUGAGGGUAUGCAUGUAAUGAGUGUUGCUUGUGGUUUGGGUCAUUCCAUGGUUGUGGUCGACAGAGCUAAUAUUGCUGAUAGACUUGAUCAGCUUGAUACACAUGAUGGCAAAGCUGUCGGUGAAGGCACUGAUGAACCCACGAAAAAAACUCCAGUGCCUAAGAAGACUGCAAAAAAGAGUGCAAAGGGAGCUGACAGUUCAAAGAAAAGGAAAAAAGCAAAAGAUCCAUCUGACUCUGAAGAAGAUCAAGAAGAAGCUGAUGAAAGUGACAGUAGUGAGGAUGAUGUUAACGGUGAGGCUGAGGUUAAAAGAUCACGUGGUGGAAAAAGUUCUGGCAGGGGCCGAGGUAAGGCAUCCAAAACACCAGAGUCUGUGGCUAAAGGUUCCGGCCGAGGGCGUGGUCGUGCUCCAGCAAGUAAAAGCAGUUCUAAAUCUUCUGAAGUGAAACCAUCUGGUAAGAGAGGAAGACCCCGUAAGUCUUGACUUAGUUUUUUCUUGAAAAUUUUGUUCUCUAUUCCUAGAGAAUCGUAGUAACUCAGUGUGGUCUAGCUAACUAAUUGUUGCAUUUUUUUAAAAAACUUUUUAAAUUGUAAACCUUUUUCGGAAUGUAGAGGGCAAGAUGUGCUUGCUUGUUUUGAGUUUUUUGUGAAGGGAGGUAUAAGGUAUACCUUCUUCAGUUUCCAUCAGCCUAAUGAUGUGCCUCUUACAGUUUCUAUUAAAACUUGUUCUGCUGGGCUGGUGACUCGGUGAGAUGUUUAUUGGUGAAACUUGAGGAUGAUGUUUCAAUUUUUAAUUGAUGUAUAAUAUUCUUAUUCUUAUUGUUGUUGGUUACUCAACAUAAUUUUCAA